AGAGGUGAUAGCUGACACAUUUGUAGCUUUCGAAAGCUGCCGCCGAGUCCCGCCGUAAAGAGCAGACAGACCAAGAUGACAUUGUGAACAUGUUCCGCGACACCGAACGCUCAGAUCGAGGAGAUCGAGGCCGCGGUCGUGGAGGACGUGGAGGAGGAUUUCGUGGAGAUCGUGGCGGUUACCGUGGUGAUCGAGGAGGUAGAGGAGGCCGAGACUCUGAUCGUCGACCACCGCGUCGAGACUCACGAUCACCGCCUCCGUAAGUGGAAAUGCUCGGUACUGAAGGACACACACUGACAGAAUGCAGAAGACGCAGGUCUCCACCUCGCCGCGAGCGUGACAUCUAUGUCCCAAGUGGUGGCCGUGGUCGAGGACGAGAUCGCCGCGAUAGUUCACGCGAGCGUCGCUCACCCUCAGACAGCCGUUCCAGGUCUCCACCACCUCGUAGGGCCCGUCGCUCGCCCUCGUCAAGCCGCUCGCGCACACCCCCACGGCGCCGAAGACGCUCGCCUUCAAGUGAUCGCUCAAGGUCUCCACCACGCCGAUCGAGACGUUCUUCUCCGCGACGCAAGCGACGAGAUGGCGGUCGAGACAAGUCGUGGUCUCCAAGCAACGACAGCAGGAGGCUACCUAGGUAUCAAUCACGAUCUGCUUCCCCUCAAGAGAAAGCAAGCUCACCAGUACCCAGGCUGUCAAGGUCACGAUCCCGCACGCCGCCGCGCCGCCGCCGCCGCGCAAGAUCAAGCAGUUCACGGUCUGUAAGCCCCGCAAGACGACGCAGACGAUCCUCUUCAGAUGUUGGUUCAGGGUCACCGGCUGAUAUCAAGAAACGCAAACGUUCUCCUAGCUCGAGCAAAUCGAGAUCGAUAUCUCGCAGUCGAACCAGUCGCAAUCAAAAACGCGCCACGCGGUCACCCUCAGGCUCGCCUCCACCACGCAGAGAACGGAGCUUAGAAGACUAGGUCGGUAUACCAUUUCAUCAUUAAGACUUUGAGAGCAACCCAAGGCACACAUGUAAAGCGCCGAGAUGCGAUUUGGCGCCCGUAGAGCUGACAUUCUCCAUUAUCCGCGCAAUGUUUCAACCAUCCAACCAUAUCCCCCAUGUGCGCCUCAAAUUACUAGACCUGCUCAAUACGCGCUUGUACCAUAGUUCGUCUAUACCAAGUCAUCCAGAGUCUUCAUAGACCC